AUGGCAUCCUUUGGCCGGUUAACAAUAUCAGGAAUCACAGGCACCAACGAGAACAGCCUUACGCUUGCGAACAUUAGCCUUGAUUUCUCCCUGCUGAAGAUCAUCCCUCCGAGGGAAUUUCUCGAAGUCGGCAACAGCCUGUCUACCUUCCGUAAGCAAGAAGCAGAGGAAGGCCGCAUCAACCAGACUGCGCGGAAGCUCGGCGCUCUCUUCGAACCCAUUGUACCUCCGACGCCCCGACUACUGCGAAGUCAUGGCAGAAGGGCAUCGGAAAUCGCCCAAUCUGCCGCGUCAUCGGCCCCGAAGGCGCAAGGGCUGUUCAAGAAACAACCGGGCAUUGAUGGGACGAGCAUUUGGGCAGCCGCCACCUCAAGUUCAGGCGCGCUCCAAGAAUUUGAACUUGCGGCAUUACCAAUCGCGGAGCUACUGAACCAGACGAGCCACGCUGAACCUCGAGUGCAGGAACUUGAAAGCUUAGGUGGGGUCGUCCUCUUUAUCGAAGAUGAGCCCUUAGAGACACUGGAGAAGUUCAGCGAUAUCCGGACUGUUUGGGGCAAGCCUAACGAGAUGAACGAAACUGAGUCCCUGACUAUAGGCCGUAGGCGUGGCGCAGUUGCUGAGUCAACUAGCGCGCUCAAAUGA